AUGAGUACACAAAACAGCCCAGCCCCAGAGAUGGACGGCCUUCGAGAACGAAAUGUAAGCGCCUUACGAGACGAAGCUGCCUCUGGAUCUGGAUGCAGCAGUGGUCAAGAUACCCCACAGACAGAGAACGGUGUAGAGAAGCAGAAAAAGACCUUUGGCAGAACCCCUGAUGGAACGGUCUUCAUCGUUCCUCAUACCCAUGAUAUGGUUUCUCAAUUGCUCGACCCGCGACAACCCAAGAACCUUUCGGAUGUCAUAGUCUUAGCUGUACUUUGCAUACACGUACUUGCCCUAUACUUACUACCGAGCCCUCUGAAGAAGCCCGUAUUUGCCCUCAUAUUCUUGUUCUGGAGAGGAUGCUACAAUGUUGGGAUUGGAUGGCUCCUUCACAUACAGUCUCAUCACCGACGUUUGAUAGGAUGGGCGAAAAAAGCCAAGGUGUUUGAGAAUCCAACUUCCGGGAAGAACCCAAGGCCAUGGCUAUACAAACUCCUCAAGCGAGAGCUAGAGACUAAGAUCCCAGAGGACUAUAAAUUUGAAGAAGCGCCACUGGAGUACAACACUUGGCUUGUCUUUCGAAGAGUGGUCGACCUGAUUCUCAUGUGCGAUUUCACGUCCUAUUGUCUAUUUGCCGUUGCUUGUGGAGGACAACCAGUGGGAGAGAGUCUUAUGAUGACCAUAGCUCGAUGGGCUACUGGUAGUAUUCUCGUUGGAUUUAACUUAUGGGUCAAGCUAGAUGCACACCGGGUGGUCAAGGACUAUGCAUGGUAUUGGGGAGACUUUUUCUACUUGAUCGAUCAAGAAUUAACUUUCGAUGGGGUGUUUGAAAUGGCUCCUCAUCCCAUGUAUUCUGUUGGGUAUGCCGGCUACUAUGGUAUCUCAAUGAUGGCAGCGAGCUACAACGUAUUGUUCAUUUCGAUUAUUGCACAUGCUGCUCAAUUCGUCUUCCUCGUAUACGUCGAAAAUCCUCACAUUGAGAAAACCUAUAAUCCACCAGCUCCACGAAAGCGAGAAGACAACCCAAGCCCAAGCGACAUUGAGCAUGCCAACGCUUCGGCCGCUCGUAGAGAAGGCAUCGAUUACCAAGAAAUGUCUGAACACAUAGCCCGCUCAGCAACAUCGAAGAAGCCCCUUGCGACACAUAACCUGAUGGGAUUUGGCAAUAUUGACCUCUUUCGGAUCACUGACCUAUCUGUUUUUCUGCUUCAGGGUUACAUACUCCUCCUCACUGUAUCGACCCCAUCAACACCAAUUUUCCAGACUCUUUUCGUCUUAAAUGCGAUUGGAUGGCGUUUAUGGUACACCCUCGGUCUAGGAAUCAUCCUUGACCGCCAAAGCAACUAUAAGAUGUGGACUCGCCAUUUCGUCAAAUACGGCGAAAGCACUGAAGAGGCCUGGAGACAAUGGAAGGGCAUGUAUCACCUGAGCUUGACUAUGUGCUAUGCGAGUUUUAUUGCCGCGACUUGGAAGAUGUAUUCUGUGCCACCGGACUGGGGCUACGGCCUCGUGCUUCUGAAACAUGUGAUCGGAGCUGGACUUGUCGCUCUUCAAGUGUGGACUGCAGUCAGUAUCUACGAGUCUCUAGGCGAGUUCGGAUGGUUCUUUGGAGAUUUCUUCUUCGACCAAGCUCCAAAACUGAACUAUGGCGGUAUCUAUCGGUACCUCAAUAACCCAGAACGCAUCAUUGGAUUGGCCGGUAUCUGGGGUGCUGUGUUCAUUUCAAGAAGCGUGGCAAUCUUCUUCAUUGCUCUUCUCAGUCAUGUUCUUACCUUGGGAUUCAUACAGCUUGUGGAGAAGCCGCACAUGCAGAGGCUGUACGGACGAGCACUGAGAUCCGAAGCUGGACUCACCAAGAGCAUCCGGAGAUCUUUACCUCCUCCAUUGAAAAAGUGGCAAGGCAGCGUUGACAAGGUCUUGGAAGAUAGCAGUCACUUCGUCGAGGAGUUUCUAGAUACAGCUCGCCCGAAAUUCGCAUCUGGAGUCUCAACCAUCAUCCGCGACACCUCAGCCCUCUUCAGCCAAUACCCAGCCCGCAUAACUCUCACCCGCCUAGCCCCUGACCUCGCCGGCUUCGACCCACGAGACUACUCCCUCACAAUCGAAGGCACGCCCUCCUCAGCCCUCACAGCCAGCGACCGUGCAACUGGCAAAGAAGGCCAAACUGCCCGCUUCCCACGCGAGCGAACCGACGAAUUCCAACCCCUGAUGUUUGAAUACGGCGCGCCCAUAAAAGUCAAAUGGACUGCCCCCGUCCAGCACAGCAAACGCGACUGGGUCGGCCUCUACAUGGUCGCCGACAACGCCUCGCGAGAAGUAACACGCGUCUCGUCCGCGGGCCGCUGGGUCGCCUGCUCGCCCAACGAAUACGAAUCCACGCCGGCCGACAAAGGAAUCCUGGUCUCCGAGCAACUGAUCUCGGGCGCUUCACGCGUAGAUGGCUCGUCCAAAGAUUACAUGCAGGGGGAGAUGGUCUUCGAAGGCGACAAGCUAUGGUGGACGCACGGGAGUUUCGAAUUCCGCUUCCACCACGACGGCAAGCACAACGUCAUGGCCAUCUCCCUGCCCUUUGAGAUCCGCAUCGGACGCUUCGACGAGGAGGAUGUCGAGGUUGAUUCCAACGGCCUUAUUCUCACAGCUGUGCAGAAUGCCCUGCUGCCCAUCGUGCGCAACUGCUUUGACAGGGACCCGGAAAUCGCGCCGGAUUCGGUGGAGGGGAGUUUUGGGAGCUUGGUGGAGCGCGAUGGCAAGUAUGCGAAGAGGGUCGUGUUUGCUGUGCAUCAGAUGUUUGGCAUUGAGUUUGCGCCGGGCGUGGUGCUGGCUGAUGGGAACGUGAAGAAUCUGGCCUGGAGGAUUUGUAAUGCGAAGCAGGUUUUGGCCCCAUAUAGUAUGUCCCAUUCGAAAGGCAGGACGACGCCUACGGGGGAGAAGUUCUAG